UAAUAUAACGGUUUGUGCACAAAACUGCCUAUUGCUCAUGCAUAAUAAAAUGUGUAUCGCAAUAUUGUGUAUUAAUAAAGCAGGUUUCACUAACAACGGGAGCCAGACAAUUCGAUUCGGUUGAACGCUUUGUGUAGGAGGAAGUUUUGGUAAUGCGUUAGUCACAUUUUGAAUUAUUUUGUCAAUAAUUGCAUCUGAACUGGUUAGAACUGGUUGCAGAAAUUAUUGGAAUUAACUAUCAACCAACAAUUGGCAAUUGUGCGCAUUUUCAGUACCUACAUACAUAAUUUUAAUCAUUGGACUAUUAUUAUUAAUCGAACAAAAGACAAAUGCCCAUGUAAAAGUAGCACGUUUAAUUGCCUAUUAUAUUAAAUUCGCAUUGUCCAGAAAAGUAGGAUAUAACGCACUAUAUUUUCAAACCAUCGAGCAUAACGAUAUCAUUUUAAUUUUUACGUGUGUCGAUGUGGACUACUUCGCUCAAAUACAUGUUAACCACCUACUAAUGGAAACGAAUUUCGCGAGUCUAACGACCUUCAACGUGUGUAAUGAUUAAAAUAAACAUGCAAAUAUUCUGACGAGCGAAUGAUUUUAUUAGCUCGAGUUUCUUAAAACCGAAUAUUUCCAAACGCCGUGCCGUUAGUUAUAAAUAAAUCUACAUCGUCGGCUUGGAUGGGUCGCAGAUUUGGCAUUACCCACGUCGGGUCUUAAAAUAUUCCUCUUCAUUGUCGUCUCAAAAUAGGCCUUGAUUAGUCGAGUUCACGUUAACAACGCAUCUUUACCAUGUCCCAGAGGGAAAAGCCGGAAAUUCGGUUCACAAUAUAUUGGAAUGGCCAAGUGAUAGUGUUGUAUUUAUAAUACAGAUUGCUCUUCGGAACGCUGUACCCCGCUUAUGCUUCUUACAAGGCUGUGAAAACGAAAAAUGUUAAAGAAUAUGUCAAAUGGAUGAUGUAUUGGAUCGUAUUUGCGCUUUUCACCUGCGCCGAAACAUUCACCGAUGUUUUUUUCAGUUGGUUACCUUUUUAUUACGAAAUUAAGAUUAUUUUAGUCAUAUGGUUGCUAUCGCCUGCCACCAAAGGCUCCAGCAUUUUGUAUCGCAAGUUCGUUCAUCCUGCUUUAAGCAGCAGGGAACAGGAAAUUGACGAAUACAUCAGCAAAGCCAAAGAACAGAGCUACAAACAGUUCCUCGACUUGGGAUCCAAGGGUGUGACGGCAUUGAUGCAAACAGCCAUCAAGGGUGGCGGAGGACUGGUAAACCAAUUGCGCAAGAGCUACAGUUUGAGCGACUUGAGCGACCCUACUCUCGACGCGAGCGACGGUCGUGACACCUCAGAAGUGGUAAUCACUGACCCCCGUUUGCUCCGUCGUCGACGUAGCCCUAAUCGACCAACAUCCUCCACUGCUUCCUUAUAUUUCCCAGAAGUUGACGUUAUUAGAUCCGACAGGAUCCAACAUGUCCAGUCAGCUGAAGACAUUAGCUCAGGUUACUCAAGUGGCGAAGGCUUAUACCCAGGACAGCCACCCAAGCUGCAAGCCCGCGAAGGCUUAGUUCGAACGGGCUCUCUAAGCAGAGCUAGACCAACAAGAGUCACGAGGUCCACAUCCGGGCUCAAGAAGUCGUCACUAAGCGAAGACAGCGAUGAAAGUGAAGUGUUUGACACAAACAUCAUUUUCGUGAAUGACAAAGCUAGAUCCAUCGAUGAGCUCGAUCAGUCAAGUGAGGACGAGUUUCUGGAUUCGGUUGAAUCUUUGCAUGAUCGGUCGGUAGAAGAGAAAAGUAACAAAAGCACGAGUAGCGAACAAUUAACAGCAUGCCCCGACCCCACUGAGAAGGAAACAGUGGCCGAAGGUAAAAACAUUACAGAAAUUGAGUCUUUAGCACGCACCGAUCCAACAGAACAAGCAGAAACCGAACCUUUAAAACAAACUAGUCGAGAAACCGAACCCGAAACGAUAUCGUUAAAAGAAAAAGAGACAGAACAGACCCGUGGUGGUAAAUAUCACAAAAAAGCGGCUCCGAAGCCCCCAAGCCCCGUCGAAAACGUUGCCGCGAUAAAAGCGACCUUAGUUCUAAAACCAGGAGUCGUGAAACCGCUGGAGAACCCAGACUGCGAACGUAAGGAAAUUUUUAUACAGUCGCCUAAGUCGAAGCGUCGCACUCUAAUUAACAAAUCCCUGUCGUUCUCGAAGGGGAAACUUGACUCCUCUCUUUCCAAACUAAUAAAAUUCCCGAAAAAGAUUAGAGAUUCUCUAGAAAAGCGAGCUUCGUGGCACGAAAUUGACUCAAAGCAUUAUCUGCAAUUAGCAGAGAGUAAAGUACAGUCGAAAAGUGACAACGAUCUGGUCGCAAGUGUAGGUAAAGUUGAGAAAAGUGCCAGCAGAAUGUCGAUUCAGUCACUGACGGAGUCGCCGCUGGCUCAUCGAAGACUGAAAAUAAUACGCAGAUAUGUCGAUGAAGAUAUUGAUUAAAAAGCACCCCAGGACAUCCCAAGCGCGACCUUGCCUCGGACAAAGAGGGCCACUAAGAAGAAAACUGUUUAAAGACAUUGAAAGCCACUCAAAACGCAAUUGUGAUUUGGUUUGUUAUUUAUUCUAGCCAGUUACACUUUUAAGUAUAUUUUAUGUAUGUUUUCUAUAGCAAAUCUUUUCUAUUGUAAGACUUGCUUUAUAGAUAAAUGAUUUAUUUAUUUUUUAAAUAAGUCGUAAUAGGACUGAGAAGAUGCUACUAAUGCGUGCUGGUGAUAUACAUCUACGACUAGGUUAGCUUAUUUAAGUUAUUUAUUAAAUUGUGCAUGACUUUCUUAGCUCAUUUUAUAUUAAGUUUACAAUGAAUACGUAUAUACAUAAAUGUUUGAAAUAAAAAAAAAGUUACCGUU